CUAAAAAGUCAGUCGCAAGGAAGCGACCCAUUCAGCCCUAAUUGAGUUUUCUUCGUAUCUUGUUUCUAUCUCCCGAAGAGAAAAAGUCUCAAAUUCACUCGCGUCGAAACCAUGAUAGACUUCAGCAAAUCUUGCACAGUCGUCUACUGGGACCUCGAGGAUUACCCAAUCCCUAAAGAUAUCGAUCCUUGCUCGAUUUAUCAGAAUAUCGAGACAGCUCUGUCGGAAAUCGGUUAUCGUGAUAUGCCUUAGAAAAUCUGGGCUUAUUGUGACAAGACAGAUGAAAAUGAGGAGUUGAAUACGAGUGAGAAAUUUUUCGAAGCCGGAUUCUUCUUCUCUCACAACGUUCCAGGUAUUUCAAUGUUACUCGACAUUCUUUGCCACGCAUUUCUCCUCACACCGACCAUUAAACCAGCUUCGACACAUAAACCAUCAAAUUUCAUGGUAAUCUCAAAAAGUCUCCCUGAAGACAAGGAGUCCAAAAGAGUUCUUUGGGCUUUGAAAUCAAGAGGUUUCAAUGUUCACUUCGCACAUCCUCAGCUUGAAAGACAAGUAUCAGACCAGAUGUUUCAUAAUCCAGCCAUACUAAGUUACUGGACAUAUCCAUUAGGAAAUGAUUCGACAACUAUGGGUCGUACUGACCCUGAUAACAAACAAGAUUUCUCCCAGCCUAUCACACGUUCCUCAGAGGCUAAGACAUGCGUCUUCUGGGACCUGGUGGAAUGCCCAUUCCCAAAUGAUCUUGAUCCUGAAACAAUCUUUCAGAGAAUUAAAUCGACUCUUGAGGAAAACGGUUAUCGAGGUGGGAUAUCAAUAUGGGCUUAUGCUGAGAAGAUACCGUUCUCGGAUGACGUGCUGGACAAGUAUCAGAAAGCCAGAAUCUAUUUCGUUCCCGAAGUUCCUGGGGAUAAAAUUGCCAGAUUUCUUAGGAUGUCACAUGACAUUCGAUUAUGGGAAAUAGACACUUAUCCUGUGUUCGGUGUAGAGACAAAUGUGAUCGUAAUCUCAAAUGACAUCAACACCCAAGGAAAAGAUAUUAACUUCUCCCACUAUCUUAUUGGCAUGCAAGGGAGAUAUUACUCUGCUUUCUUAGUACAGCCUAAGUGUAUCGUCGAUAGAAGAUACAGUAUCGAUCCCGAAUCCUCAGAUUGGCCAAGAUCUUUAUUCGAUAGAAGAUUUUCUGUCGGCCCAACCAGAUGCAGACCAUUUAAUAAGCGGUGGAGGAAGAAGGUGAAGAAACACAAGGCAGUGGAAGUGCCAAAAGUUUCUCCCGUUGAAAUCAUGAACAAUCAACAACUCUCUCCCGUUGAUACCAUAAAAAACCUUGAUUUCUCCAAGCCUCUCCCACCUGUCUCAGGGCCUAGGGUAGGCGUCUUCUGGGACAUCAAGGAUUUCCCAUUCCCUAAUGAUCUUGAUCCUGAACUUCUCUAUAAGAGAUUCGAAUUGCUUCUUGAUGCUAAAGAUUAUUAUGGUGAGAUGUCAAUAUGGGCCUAUGCUGAGAAGAUACCAUUCUCGGAUGACGUGCUGGAUAAGUUUCAGAAAGCCAAAAUCUAUUUCCUUCCCAAAGUUCCUGGGAAUAAAAUUGAGAGAGUUCAAAUGAUGGUAAACGACAUGUUUUUAUGGAAAAUAGACACUCCUUGCAAGUAUGUUGUACCACCAAGUGUGAUUGUCAUCUCAAAUGAAAUUCAAGGAUGCGUCAACCUCACCCUUGGUCUUACCUUGCCGAAACUGCGUAAGAAACAGAAGGUUAUAUCUGAUUCUGAGGACUAGUAUAGCUUCUUUUGUGUUCUGCCCAGUCGCAGAGAUCAUGACCCUUGUUAUUACCACCAGCAUAUUUAAUCCGAUCUUGUGUUAGAUUCUUGUUCAAAUAUGUGAAGAUGUGAACUUGAUGAGCAAGUUAAGAACUAACUCAAGUUAAUGUGAAUUGAACUUGGGUUGAGUUAAGUGCUUUUGAACCACAAAGAGGAGUGUCCACGUUGGUACAAAUAUUGUUGGUUCAAAUGUUGGCACAAGAUAGUACAGUCUUGUCUCCUUGUGCUUUGUCAUUAAGGCUUGAUUGGUGAAGGGACAAAACGCACAUCAAGCGUUUUCAAGAUGCAACCUUUAAGGUUUGCUUUUGCACAUGAAGCCCUAGUUGUGUUGUCACUAUAAAAGGUGAUUUGGGUUCAUUUGAGAAGAUGUAAGAGAGAGCAAGAGAAAGCACAAGCAAUGUAGAUCUAUGGAGUUAAGAUCAAAAGGGGUGAGAGAAACAUGUAAGAGUGUAAGCUUUGGGGUAGUUUCUCAAGUAGCAAAGAUGAGAGCCAAAGUGAGUGUAGUGAGAGUUUAAGGCAUUCACUUGUAUAUCUUGUAGUCACCCUCUUUCUCUUCAUAGUGAAGGAUGUGGAUCGAAAGAUCCUAACCGGACGUAGCGGUUCGUUAACACCGUGAACCGGGUGAACAAA